CGAGAAGGGCGGGGCAGAAUGAAAAAAGCACUGGAAGCCACAGCCUUUCAGAGGAUAUAUUCCUCGGCUCCUCGUCCGAUGGUGGUGCCGAGGACUCGAGCCGGUUCACUUGUGCAACGGUUGGUGUGGUGCAACGUGCUUUUUGCUGAUCGAGAACAGCGAUUAGAGCAGAUUCUGAAACGGUACCACGAUUCCGACAUUCGCCACGGCGAGCUGCUGGCGGCGGUGGUUGACGCUUUGUUGUCUUGCCAACUUCUCGAUGUUGCAUUCACAGAACGAUGGGUUCAGGGCCUGAUCGAGGAGUCGAAGCGGCAUUUGCUGCGCGAGCGCAAGACGAGGAAACGUGUGGGGAGCGCCACGUCCUCACGCACGCACGCUACGUCGUUCGUGCCCCGUUUAGAAGACGGAGAUGAAGAACCGCAAAGUCGAGCAUCGCAAUUGUGCGCCGUAGCCUGUAUGGCCAACUCCACCUUCGCAUUCUGGAUAAAAAACGACAAAAUCGAUUGUCUUCGGUCCCUGGAGCAAGGCGUGCAGUACUCCGGUGGCAGUAUCGACGCGUCGAAUCUGCCCGACAGUGUGAUCCAAUUUCUGAAGUCACUGGUUGCGGAUCCCCAUGUGCAUCCCCACGAACGAAA